UUCGCCGGAGGCCGAAAUCCUCCACCAAGUCCCUAAAUUCCGGCCCCUCGCCUCCGACGAUCGGCGGGCUCGGAGUCCGAAAAUGGAUGGGGGAGGAUUGUUCUGUGGUGUUGACGAAGAUGGGGAGCGUUCAGAUUGCGGUGGCGGAAUGGUCGGCGUUUUGGUUGAUGGUGUAGUGGGCCGCGGUGGUUGUGGUGGUGACGGCGGUGGCUCGGAUGGCGGCGAUGAUGGUUGCUCAUUCGUUGUUGUUAAGCUAUUAUGCUUGGUUGUUGAUGGAGCUAAACAGGUUCGUGGAUACUUGAUAAAAGCUCAAGAGCAUUGUGGAAGAGCGAUCUCGACAAAACCGAACGAUAGGAUUGUGCUAUCGAUGUAUGCCAAUUUGAUAUGGAAGAAUCGUAAGAAUGCCUCCUGAGCCAAGAGUUUCCAUGUUCAAGUUGCUAAAGCUUCCCCUAAUGAUAGUUUCUUUGGGAUGUUGAAGAAGACGAAGACUAGGAAGAAGUUGAUUGCUGUUGCGAGCCGUUUGGUGUUCGAGUUCAGCCUUAGCUCACUCCUAUACCUGCGGCUUCUUAGGUUCUCUCUCAAAUCUUCUUUGGUUGUUUUUUUCUUCCCCAUGAAAACAUGAUCUCCAAAACGGUAUGAAGUCUAUCGGUGUAAGUCAGUUGAACACUGUGAUUGAUAUGUGAGUAGGUGCACCUCUUCUUACCGAGUGUGAAGUUUCUUCUCCAAAAUGAACCUCUUUAGUUGGAGAACACUUAAGUUAUUUACCUUAACCAAUAGAGGUUGGCUUAGGCUUUCACGAGAGCACCGCUCGUAGAUGCGAGAGCAAAAUGAAGAAUGAAGCUAUAGUCGCCCACAUUUUUUUAGAAGGUUGUAACAUGUUGGGCUUAACUCCAAACAUGUUGGGCUCAAACUUUACACCUAGUUAUAGUAUGACAAAGUCCUUUUCAUGU